GCACCCAGCCCCAGCACCGCCCGCCCCCUUGGAGCUGGGAAGAGGCUCCAGCGCCAUGGGCUGCUCCAGCAGCGCCCGCAGCCGGCCCCAAGAGCACCCCACUGGCACCGGGGAGCCUCUGCGGGCAUCACCAGGUGAGAACACCCCAACCGCAGACGACUACGAGACCAUAGCUGACCAAACCCAGCUGGGCCUGGCAGAGGUGGUGAGUCUCGCCUCUGAGGAGACCAACCCAGGCGAGUGCCUGCCAGGGGACAAAGAUGAGGCUGUGAGCCCAGCUGAGGAGGAGAAGAUCAGUUCGGUUCAGGACAGGGAGGAGCCGGAGGGCACAGAGCCGCUGCCUGUGGGGUCGGAGGAGAGCUCUGAGCUGCCGUCUGUGUGGCGAGAGGAGAGCACAGAGCCUUCACCACCACCAACGCCGGCAGAAGAUGCUGGGUCACCGCCGCCAGACCCGUCGGAGGACAGUGGGCUGGUAGAGGGCAGUGACAGCUCUGUAGUGGAAAUCGUCAACAAAGUGCAUGUUACUGAAGAGGACCACUUCAUUGAGGGUGAGACGGGAGAACAGGUGGAAACUGAGCUGCUCAGUGAGAUAGUAAGUGGAGGGCCUGAAACAAAAGAAGAAGAAACAGGAGAAGCUGUGGAUGGUGCAGCAGCAACAGAGAUAGAAACAGCUAAUAACAAGGAAUAGAAGCUAUGUCUGUAAGAACAUCCUCUUCGUGGGCCGGCUCUUCUGUCCACAUGGACAUUUUUAAAUUUUAUUAAGUUGGGAAAAUAGAGCUUUUGUAGAACACAAACAUGAAUAAGAGACAUCAGAAAAAGUUUUAUAUAAUAUAUAUAUUUUUGAAGUCAAGCUGCCAAGGCUUCAAGUAUUUGGAAUGCCUGAACCCUCACCUCCCUGCCACAGAGUGCCUUCUGUACACUGCUAGCACAGUGGAAUAGCUUUCUGACAGGAGUACAAUAAUUCAGUUUUCAAUUAAGAAUAUGUCCAGGUUCCCAUAACCAACUUUAAUUCUUUGAAGCCUUCAACCAGCAUUAUAUAGGAUGAAGAAUAUAGUGUAGCAUUUCACUUUAUUUAAUAGUAGUGUAAGUAGGUAGAAAUGGAAGUCCUGCUCCUGAGAACUCUUGCACACGCAGGCAAUUUCUCUGAGUGCCUGGACUACCAGUUUAUGGAGCUGCUGAAGUGUACAGCACACAGAGGACUGGAAACCCCAAAUUGCCCAUUUACUAAAUGCAGAGGCUAGUUUUUUCACAAAAUGGAAGAUACACAGGGUGCAACAUCCAGGAAGCAAGUAGGUGUCUAUUGCUAACUCUCCAUUUUUAAACACAUCUAUUGAAAGGGUGGUAGUACAAUAUAUGUAAUAACUUCUGCAUAACUGGAAGAAAAAAAGGCAUUUUAAACUAGGAGUAGGAUGUUUUAGUCUUUUAAGUUCUGGCACACUUAAAAUAUAAAUUCACAGCAGUUAAAACACAUGGUGACUAAUAAGCCAUCUUUAGCCACAUAGCUCCUAAUAUACACUUGUGGCUUCUAAAAUAGAUUUCUGACUAAAACAUAUAGAAGCCUGUUCCUAAGGGAGAAUUCAUCUAUUAAAUUUCCCUGUAGAGCUGUCCUCCAGAAGAAACACGCAUUCAGGGACUGUGUUAUCUUCCAAAAUGCAAAGCAAUUAUUUUGGAGCUGAAGCAGAAUGACAAAUCCUUCAGACUUCCUGUGGAGUUGAUGAAUACAACCGAUGUCAUGGAUCUGACAGAGAGUAGAAAUUUGCUCUGACAGUGAAUGUUGCAAAGGGACUAUAUGUCUUUAUUGGGGACUGUGUUUACAGGAUUCUCUGGCAUAAGGAAGUAGACUGUGGAGAAAAGGUCAAGUAUCUAAAAGGGGCAAGCACGUGUUACUAUUUUUAUUAGCUUUAUUGUACAAAAGGACUGCACAAAUAUUUUAUCACCAGCAGCAAAUUACAAAAAUCAACUUUAAGAUAAGUGUUAUGCUGCACAUGCACAUCUGACUCUGGAUGACUUUGGUUUGUAUUAGAUAAUAUUCAUUGAUAACCCUGGCCUACCAGCUUUUUACUUGAGCUGGUAUUUCUUUGCUACAUCACUGCAUCUAAGGUUUUCUGAUUAUCAGCAAUCUUUUCAGUCUACAGCUAUCUUGUCAACUUCACUUAAGGUUGCCUAGCAGCAUAAACUUCUAAAACCAAAACGCAUACUGUCUUUUAAAGGAUUAUUUUAUUGUGGUAGGUGGAUGCUGCAAUUUUAUUUUUUAUUUUUACUUGUCUUCUGUAAUAAGAAAGUCAAAACAAGUAGCUGAUUCUAUUAAAAAUCUGUUGACAUUAAAGUGGAAAUUAAAAAUUCUAACAGAGGUAGUCAACCCUUUUGUCCACGCCAGAAUCACUCUUGCUGCUGCUUUUGUUACAAUGAAGACGGGUGACAAUAUACAACCUUACCUCAUCGUUCAACUUUUUCAAGUCACUAAAAGCAAUGCUAAUUGGAAACGAGGAGUGUGAGCCAGUUAUAACUCAGGUCAGCCCUUCUCUAUCAUCUUCAGUCCUUGCAUAUUUUGUGAUUACAAUAAAUGAAAGCUAUUUUACCUUUUCCUUCGCAAAAAGUGCAAUAUGCUUGAUAUUGUGUUAAACAUGAAAUGUUAAUUGGAUAAAUUACCACAAAGUCCACCAAAAUUGGAUAAAUUACCACCUGGAUGCUAAGGUUAAACUGAACCUCUCUGCCUUGAGAAACAGGACAAUCACUGUCCCACUGUGGCCUAGUAUUUACUGUCUGUGAGCUACCAAAGCACAUACCCUGCAUAAAGGGACAAAAUACAGGCAGUUAUUUGCUUCCACAAACCUGUGGAUAUCACCAAGAUCACCAAGGGCAGAAAUUGGUCUGUGGAUCAAAGAGCUUUCUCAUUUAAAGGCUGAGGAUGUGCUCUGAUGUCUCUCCUUACAAGAUAUACCUCCAGAGCUAGGACAAGGUACCUUAGUUUUUUUUUAAUUUUAUUUUAAAUAACCAAAAUAAAAACCAAUUUUUAGAAGCAUCCAUCAAAAUCUAGAUGAUCUUCAGUCCUUACCUUCAUCCAAGCUAGUAGUUAUCCCAUGCUGGGAUAACUGGGUACCAAGCAGGACCCCUGAAGUAGGAAAUCUCCAAGCUAACAAGAAAGUUCUGGUAAGAAUUUUGUUUGAAUUACCAAAAAACAUAGCCCUAGAGAAGGUUAAUUUGGGACCCCACUGGCUCUGUGCAGACAAACACACAUAGUGUUAGGAUCCCAGAAGAUACUCAGCAGUCUGCCUUGCUACAGCUGGCUCUUUCACUUAAUGCAUAACUUCCCUCAGAUAAAAACUGCAGCAAGAGUUUUAAAUUAAAAACAAAACACAACUUUAAAUUAGUCUCUGGUUUAACAGAGAACAGUUUUAUUAAAAUUAUGUACUGAACUUUAUUUUUGUGUUGCUUAAUCCGUAGACAACAUAAUCACUAGAAAAAGUCCGAAGUACCUGGUAGAACAAGCAAAAUUAAGAACUGCUUUGCUUUUAUGAAACCAGAAUGGAACCAGAGAUUUUUUUUUUUUUAAUUAUUUUUCCUCUCUAAAGUUACAUGUGAUUGAAACAAACUUUAAAUGGAGAAAUUACUGUCACAGGCUGAAUGGCAACUUCCUAUUUUUCAUGCUAGCAGCGCAGUCCCACAAACGAGAAAAACAACCUUUGUUUAACUUAGUUCCACUUUGAACAAGAUUUCUUAAAUAUUUUAUACUUUGCUGAACAGGAGAUAUCCACAAUACUUGCUUUUCAUAUUAGAGAAUUAUGGGGCUUUGCCUUUUUAUUUAAAAAAUAGAAUCAAGAAAUAUAAUUCUUCUUAAAAAAUUAAAAGUUUUAAACAUGUUUGUGGAAAGUUGAUUUUAUGUUAAGAACUGCUGUUACAGUUUUAAAUAAAAGUUUACCUCUGUUAUUCAAGAUUUUGUGUACCUGAAGGAUACAUUUAAGUCUGAGACAUUCAAGAAGCCAUGCAACUGGAGUUCAGCUAAAAGCUAGAUGAUCUUAUAGCUAAAAGUGAAUUUUAAUUCCUGGCUGUUUGCAGAAUUUUCCUUACUUACUGAUACAACCAUUUUUAAUGGAAAUGGUGUAUUGACUCUUACUAGUUCCAUCCAGCGUGCAUUUUCUUGGGGUGCUUCACUUACAUAUCACUCUCAGCGUACACCUUACUGGGGAAAGUAAUAGUAUAUUCACAGCCCUUUGUACCAGACAGCAGCAAGAAAAAUAAAAAAAAUAAGAGAAACAAUUAACUAACUACAUACAUACUGCCAUCUAGUGUUAGGUUUAAGAUUGGCAGAGCAGCAACACAGCACAAGUAAAGCAGGCAGGCAUCAUAGUAAAGAAUGUUGUGAGAGAUAAUAAGGGAUAACUCUUGCUAUUACCUAAGACUAAACUUAGAUCACGUUCAACACUAUUGCAAUCUGCUUGUGGAAAUAAUUCUGCAACAAAAAAAGUUAAAGUACUGAUAUGUGAGUAAAGUUGUAACAAACACAUAAAUAUAAAUUGGGAAUCUGUUUAAAUAAUUUAACCAAAUUUAGUAACAUUAUUCCUAACUGACAAAAUGUUGCUUCAUUUUCUCUGUUUCUUAGAAAAUUGUCAGAAAGUAUCUGGUACUAACAUGAAAACAUCUAUUACUGUUUAUGCUUAGGUGGGAUUGCUUAAGUUAGAGAUGUGGAAUAUAAGAGAUAGCAGUAGUAUAGCCAAGGAGAGAGAGAAAGAGCAGAACCACAACUAAUAGCUUUUAUUUGUAAAAUUUCUAAAACUUGUAGAAAGUUUAUAUGCAGAAGAGUCCGGUACUUUUCUAAGGUUAUUGCUUGAUAAUCAGAUAGCAAACAAUGUAUAUUCAUUUACCCUGAAUAAACCAAUAUUGUGUUUAGAUACAUGGCUGCAGGGGAAGAGAGGGGACCAUCUCUACAAUGAGGUAGCUGACUUUUCAAAGCAGUUCUGUAAAAACAUGGUAUUCAUUUCUACUGGCUUAGAUAAAAGAUGAAUGCAGAGGGAUGGAGUAACUUAUUAACAUCACCAGUCUGACUUCCCAGGAUUGCUUAAACACCCCACCAAGCAGAUGCUUCUGUUCUUGAUGACAGAGAGAAAAAUGCGAAGAACUGUAAUGCCACAGUAGCAGAAAGCUUUCUGUCUUGAAGGAUUAUUUUUCAUCCUUUGCUAUUAGGUAAUAGGUAAUUCAAACCAAAAGAAUAGGUUUAUAAUUUCUUAUUGAAGAAGCAAAAUCAGGACUUCCUUUGUAAUAGAGCAUAAAAGCAUUAUCAGGAAAACAAAAGUUUGUUCCUAGAAAAGACAAGCACAUUUUUAAAGAUAUAAUUAUCAUUUAUUGUCAUUAAACGGGAUAUUUUCCCUCUUACAAUUGGAAUGUCUUCUUUUUUCCACUCACCAGAACAUAGUAAAAGUUGAAUUAGUAUGAGAAAGACUAUGAAAAAGGUUGCAGGAAUGGAUUAAUUUGCAGGU